GCCAGGUCGGCCACGCCGCCAGGCACGCACGCCACAGGUCCCGCCCCCGCCACCCGCUUGUCGCCUGCCGCGUCGCGUGUCAUCACAAGCUCCCAAGAAGUGCAAAAGCGCCCGUGGCCGCGCAUUGUGUCGCCACCGGCACCCAAAGUAUGGCGGCGCCGUCGUCCUCCCUCGCCUCCACCUCCCACCUCUCCCGCCGCGCCACGGCCGCGGUCGGCCCGUGCUCCACCCGCCGCCAGCUGCGCAUCCGGUGCUGCUGGGCCGGCGGCAGGGUGGCGUCCAGGUGGCGCGCGCCAGGUGUUUGCUUCGUGGUCUCACCCAGCCAGCCAGGUCUUGCUGCGGUCGACGUGCCGGCGGCGACCAUGUCCGAGCGUACUUCGGUGUCCUCACUUUUGGAGGUUGUCUCGGACGAUUUGCUGAAGCUUAACAACAAUCUCAAAUCGCUUGUUGGUGCAGAAAAUCCAGUUUUGGUUUCUGCGGCUGAACAAAUUUUUGGUGCCGGUGGGAAGAGAUUAAGACCAGCAUUAGUUUUUCUGGUGUCUAGAGCAACUGCUGAAUUAGCUGGUUUGUCGGAGCUAAGUACAGAACAUCAACGCUUAGCAGAGAUUAUUGAGAUGAUUCACACUGCAAGUUUAAUACAUGAUGAUGUCAUAGAUGAUAGUGGGAUGCGAAGAGGGAAGGAAACUAUUCAUCAGCUAUAUGGUACACGGGUGGCUGUACUUGCUGGUGAUUUUAUGUUUGCACAGUCUUCUUGGUUCCUUGCAAACCUAGAAAACAUUGAAGUUAUAAAGCUGAUCAGUCAGGUAAUCAAGGACUUUGCAAGUGGUGAGAUAAAACAAGCAUCCACUCUGUUUGACUGUGACAUCACCCUUGACGAUUACCUUCUCAAGAGCUACUACAAAACUGCAUCUCUGAUAGCAGCAAGCACAAGGUCAGCCGCCAUAUUCAGUGGCGUCAGCACCGCAGUUUGUGAACAAAUGUAUGAAUAUGGCAGGAAUCUUGGCCUCUCCUUCCAGGUAGUCGAUGACAUCCUGGACUUCACCCAAUCAGCUGAGCAACUUGGCAAACCAGCAGGAAGUGACUUGGCAAAGGGAAACCUGACAGCUCCGGUCAUCUUCGCUUUGCAAGAUGAACCAGAGCUGAGGGAGAUCAUCGAUUCUGAGUUCAGUGAGACAGAUUCGUUAGCUGCUGCAAUAGACCUUGUUCAUAGAAGUGGUGGAAUAAGGAGGGCACAUGAGCUUGCAAGAGAGAAGGGUGACUUGGCCAUCCAAAAUCUGCAGUGCCUUCCGAGAAGCGACUUCCAAAGUACCCUUGAGAAGAUGGUGAAAUAUAAUCUUGAAAGGAUUGAGUAGAUUGAUUUACUUUAAUGCUCCUUCAAGUACAGAUCUCCUUUGCACGGGUUUGAGUAGCUCCUAUAUAAACCCAUCAUUCGACCCAUUUUUGGUGGAUACGAUUUUGCAGGAAACUUGGGAGGAAAUGCCCUAUAACAUACAUUUUCUGGGGAACCCUUGAUUUCGCAGGAAACUUGGAGGAAAUGCACUAUAACAUACAUUUUCUGGGGAAGCAGGCUAUUACUUUUGUUGAACCUGUGAGGUGAUUUAUGCAGGAUCCUCAGAAAAGCAAGGACUUCACAUACCCCGACCCCCAACACCUUGUGCCCAUAUUUUAUCUGAAUGUGAGCUUACUUUGCAGCUCCUGUAAAUGAAAGAAGCGUAAACUAACUUAGCAUUCUUUUAUUUUGCAAAUUGCGCAUGCUCAGAAGCAACAAAUUAUGCGCUAUACUUGUACGUGUCCUGACUGGCUGACACUUUGUAUAACAGUUGUGCACUCACUGGGAUGUAUGUUUCUACAUAUAUGAUAGCCAAUGGUGUACAUACUCCAACAUCACUUACAAUAUUCAUGUAUGCAACAAUUCACAGCAACUCAACGAGUGUGAUACUUCUA